GUUUUGGGAGAUGUCUUUCGCACAAUUAAUCUAUAUAGACUUAAAAGUAUAGCGCGAACGGUAAUUUCACCAUCCUUGUGAUUUUGAGUGCCAUUGACAUCCCCCUUGCUUCUUUUAAAUUAACUCCUACCGUGGUACUUGAUUGACGGCUCCAUAUUUUCUGUUGGAUUUUUUUCUGUUGCCCGAGAAAGGAGGAAAAAAAACGGGGAUAAUUUUGAGAGGGAGAGAGAGCGGUGGAAAAAUAACGACGGUGCUGGAAAGUGAAAGGCAAAGGAAGAAUACUUUGAGCAACUGAAGAGAAAGAAGGGGAAACAACAGCACCGACGCACUGGAGUCGAAGUUGUGUCAUUUACACAUUUAGUUGUUUUGCAUUUUCUCCCUCAUCACAUUUUUUUGUUGCUUUCAAGGUAAGAGCUGUUUCAACACUUUGUUUAAGUUUGAGGAGAUGCAGGAGAUUGUGAAGAACUUCACAGUGGUCCAUGUGGACGCACCUGGACAGGAGGAUGGGGCGGCUGCCUAUCCCAAUGGGUACCAGUACCCACCAAUGGAGCAGCUGGCGGACAUGAUCCCUGCUGUGCUGCAGUACUUCAAUUUCCGGACUAUCAUUGGUGUUGGAGUAGGAGCUGGAGCCUACGUGCUCUCCAAAUUCUCAAUGAGUAACCCUGAGUCAGUGGAGGGGUUAGUCCUGGUCAACAUCGAUGCUAACGCCCGGGGCUGGAUGGACUGGGCUGCACAGAAGCUCACAACGCUGACAUCAUCCGUCACAGAACAGAUCCUGAGUCACCUCUUCAGUCAGGAGGAGUUCUCAGCCAACACAGAUCUCCUGCAGUCACAUAGGGAGCGAAUCUCUAAAGCACCCAACCUGGCAAACAUCGAGCUUUUCUGGAAGAGCUACAACAGUCGCCGAGAUAUGACCAUUGACCGCAACAGCACAUUCAAAUGUCCCGUUAUGCUCGUGGUGGGUGACCAGGCUCCAUAUGAAGAUGCUGCAGUGGAGUGCAAUAGCAAGAUGGACCCAACAACGACUUCAUUCCUAAAGAUGGCUGAUGCUGGUGGAAUGCCUCAGCUUACUCAGCCUGCCAAGUUGACUGAGGCUUUCAAGUACUUCAUCCAGGGAAUGGGCUACAUGGCAUCGUCCUGCAUGACACGUCUGUCGCGGUCUCGCACCACCUCCCUGUCCUCGUCCUACUCCAUGGAGGGCUCACGCUCGCGCUCACGCACCCUCUCCCAGGGCUCGCAGGGUGGGCAGCUCCCCCCCAGCCCCUCCCACACCAUGGAAGUAUCCUGCUGAAGAAAGAGAGAGAGAGAGAGAGAGAGAGAGAGAGAGAGAGAGAGAGAGAGAGAGAGAGGAAGAGGGAGAGAGAGAGAGAGGGGGAUAAGGUAGGAGGAGGAGAAGAAGAGGAUUAGGGCAAAUCGAGAGAAGAAGGAAACAGGAUGAAAUCACCCAUCACUCAUUGCGCUAAUCAGCUCAUCCUACCCGUGAGAUCCACCCCAUUCUCCAUUACACCGGCUGAUAAGAGAGGCAAGGAGAUGGAGAUGAAGAUGGACAGGGGAGGUUAGAAAGAGACUGAGUCAAGAGAGUGAGAGAAAGAGGAUGGUAGAUGGAGGAGGUCAAUGAGGGCGAGUGAGAUGAGGACGAUGCCACUGUCGAAUAAGCAGUGGUCAAGGGAAGUUAGAAAGCCCCCAUUGAGGCGGAAAAGCAAUCAUGACAAAGCAUCAAAGAGGGGGAAAAAAGAAAAACAUCACUUUGUCCCCUCCUUCAUCACUCCAUCCUGCCACAGUAAGGGAAACCCAAAACACAGUGUGAAGGGUUGCGGAGAAGAAUGAAUUGAGGAGAUAAAGGGAUAGAAGGAGAAUGAGAAGGAGAAAGGAAGACAAAGGGGGAAGCGUAUAGGAGGAAGUGAUGUCUCUCUCUCUCUUCCCCUCCGUCUGCGUGUUCAGGUGAUUGACAGUAGAGCCCUUUAACCAUGUGGAGAGAACCGUGUGACUGGGUACUGUGGAGUGACUCAUGUGUAGUGCUAAUCAAUAGUAAUGAUCAGAAUAAUAAUAUUAAUGAUAAAUAUGAGGAUAUUAAUGAUAUUAAUAAUGUCAAUGACCAUAACGUUACUGUAAAGAAAAAACACAAAAAAAUAACCAAGUUUCUCCUAAUUACGUGUUAACUUUUUAAAGCAUAUUAAAUUGCUAGAAAACAAACUACAAUAGAGUAUGGAAAUACUUAUAGUGUGUCUAUCUACUCUUUUUCAUUCAGUUUUCUUUUUGUGUGAGUUAUUUUUUUCUCUCUGUUUUGUAAUUUUUAAUCCUCUGUAUUCUUAUCCUGCUUUUCCUGAAGCAGGGGAGGAGGAGUAGCCAAUCAACCGAAGCUUAGGGGUCAUGUGACCCAGGUUGGGUGCAGUGACUCGAAGCUUAGGCCAAAGCCACUCCUCCUCCCCGCCCCUUUGCGUUGUCAAUGACAACACUUGUCUUCCAUUUGCCCCAUUUGAAAUGACUGUAAUUCUUUUUCCCGUGUCAGGGGUUGGACCAGGGCGGUUCUGGGGAGGGGAAUCAACUAUGCUCUGGGAUUAUUUUUUUGUUGUUUUUCUGAAUUGCAUGCUUGCUUCUCGCCCAUUUGAAUGAGGAUGAAACUUUUGUUCUUUUUUUUUAAUUAUUUUUUUUGGUUUCAAAUCAACUCGGUGUUGUGAGUUAUGAUGAUGUAUGUUGUCAUGGAGCCCUUGAAGGACAUGAGUAUGACUCAGGAAGGGGGAUCAAUUUCAAUUGUCCUCUUAGGAAGAAAGGUUGUGCUCCACUUGUAUGGAUAAGUAAGGCCAGUUGCAGAGAGAUCAGUGCUUCCGCUGCUGCUACUGCCGCAGUCCCCAACCUUACCAAUAGGGGUCACUGUGUUGACGGGGGGAAAAGUGUGAACAACUCAAAAAACAAACUAACAAACACUCUAAUUGCGCUGUCUGCAGUCAAACCAACCCCUACCUCUCCUGACAAACCAACCUAGCUGGCUCAUGUUUGUGGAUUGAAGAGACCCUCUGGGUUUUGUAGAUUUGGUUUGUGCCAUGGCAAAAGCAAUCUGUAGCCGAGCACGGUAGAGGUCUAUACAUAGCAUUCAAGUGAGUUUAGGAGUUGGUGCUUUAGAAAGGUCACCACAGAGAGGUCCAAGGCUCAUGGCUACCCUAAAAAAAUAAAAGGUGUUGUCUUGUAUAUAGAAUGUGAAUAAGGUGUUAUGUGUGUAUAAGUGUGGAUGUGGAUGUGUGUGUGUGUGUGUGUGUGUGUGUGUGUGUGUGUGUGUGUGUGUGUGUGCAGUAUGUGUGUGGUUGUGUGGCUGACUGUGUGUGGAUAUGUAGGUGCACUUUUGGCCCUCUAAGCACAGCUUUGAAAGGGAAAUGAAAAACUUUCAAAUAUACGGUCCUUACAAACCAUUUUAGAGAAACAAAAUGGCCUCUUCUUCACAGCUGCCCUAUUUUGAACCCAGUCCCCAUAAAGGUUUCUACACUGCCAGAAGGGUAUGGCCACUUACCACUAAAAGUACAAGCAAUCUAUACUGCCAGGAAGCCUUUGCUUACCAAUAUUAACAUUGGUAUGUGCAGUAGCCAUGAACACAGCAUUUUAUGUUGACUGACCAAUCGGCAGUUUUGAAAUACUGUGACUUAUUAACUGUAACAAACAGAUCCAUUGGAACCUGUGAAGCACACUUUAAUAAAAUAAAUGCUGGUUUAAUGCUUGGCCUGUAAUGGCAGACUUGCAACUUGUUCACAAUCAUCUUCAGCACGACACUGCCCAGGGUAAUUUUUUAAGAUAUAAACACAUAGUGCAAGGAAAUAAUUGGUUGUUCUCUUGCAUAAUCUGAGUGUGUGUGUGUGUGUGUGUGUGUGUGUGUGUGUGUGUGUGUGUGUGUGUUUUGGUGCGUGUGGUGUGUGUAUGCGCGUGUGUGCGUCAUGUGGCUGCAUACAAGUUGUGUUUGGUCUUAAGAACAUCAUGUUUUCCAUUUGUUGUUGAAUUCAAAUACAGUAUCUAGUCAAUAUCCAAAUCGACUUUCUUUUGCUAAUAAAUGAAUAAAGUUAAUAUUCCCUCUUCGUCCUGUUCUGCUUUUGUCUUCGUUUCUUUCUUUCUCUUUCUUUCUUUCGAACUCUCUCUUCAAUCUCUACCUGUACCUUUCAUGGUUCAUUUGUUUGAUAGAGUGAAGCGGGGAGAGUGUGACUCAGCUUUGAUCUGUCUCAGAAGGGCAGUAGUCAUGGUAACAGAUGUAAACAGCGAGGACAAAGAGAUAAGUAAAUGCAUUGGCAUUUACCCACCAAUUGGGCAUCUCUACCAAAAAGACUGUAGAGCUUGAAAUGGUUUACCAAAAAAAGGGGGGAUGGGGGCGGGUGGGUGGG